AUGGAUACUUCAGAAUUUGAAAAAAAUUCUCUUUCGAAUAUUAUACUUCGUUCAGCAUAUGUUCCUUCAGAGAAUGGCGUUGAUAAAACAUUUUUUCUUGGUAUUGAUGAAGCCGGUCGAGGUCCUGUUCUCGGUCCAAUGGUUUAUUCGGCCUUUUUUUGUGAUGAAAAACAACUUUCAAUCUUGAAUGAUCUCGGUUGCGCAGAUUCUAAACAAUUAACAGAAGAACGACGUUCGUCAAUAUUUGCUGAAUAUGAAAAGCAUAACAAUCAUCUUGGUUUCAUUCUCAAAGUACUUUCACCUCAUAUGAUCUCAACAUCCAUGUUACGACGAGAUAAGUACAAUCUAAAUGAUAUAUCUCACGAUGCAGCCCUUGAGUUAAUACAGUUGGCUCUUGAUCAAGGUGUCAACGUGAAACAAGUUUUUGUCGAUACUGUUGGUGAUCCAGACAAGUAUGCGAAUAAAAUUCGUGCUCGUUAUCCUAAAAUUAAAGUGACAGUAUCGAAAAAGGCUGAUUCACUUUAUCCGAUCGUAUCUGCGUCAAGUAUUUGUGCGAAAGUAGUUCGUGAUCAAAUUGUUCAAAAUUGGAAAAUAGAUGAAUUCGAUGAAGAAAAACAAUCGAUUAAAUAUGGCUCUGGUUAUCCUGGUGAUCCUCAAACAAAACGCUUUUUAAUUGAAUCUAUCGAUCAAAUAUUUGGCUUUCCAAAAUUUGUUCGUUUCAGUUGGUCAACAGCAUCAACAAUCAUUGAAAAUAAAUGUAUUAAAGUAACCUGGGAUGAUGACGAAGAUGAAAAUGCAACAAGUAAAAAUGCAACAAAGAAACGUAAAUCUGAAGUAAUUGAAACGACAACGACAACAACAACAACAAAAACACUUUUUAACUAUUUUUCUCAAAAACCUAGUACUAAAAAUGAUGCUGUUAAUCGACGUGUACCGGGUAGCUAUUUUUUUCGAGCAGCACACGUAGAACCAGUCGUUUUUUCGACAUGA